AUGCCACAAGUUACUAAAUUUAAUACUGUGCUUUUCGCUGAUGAUUCCAAAGUUAUUGAUAAUGCAUAUUAUCCGGAAGAUAUUCAAACAGACAUUGACUGUCUCAGUAGGUGGUCAGAAAUAUGGCAGAUGAAAUUUAAUGUGGAAAAGUGUGGUGUACUUCACAUCGGAGAGAGCAAUCCGCAACAUGGCUAUACAUUGGAUGGUAUUCAACUAAAAAGUGUACAGAAAGAAAAGGAUUUGGGGGUAACCUGGUCUGCCGGGAAGUCCUUAUUUGAUGAUCAUAUUCGAGAAGGAAUCGGAAAGGCCAAGAGGAUGAUUGCCUGCCGUUAAUAAGAAAUGUUGUAUCUCGUAAACAUGAAGUGUUGGUUCCUCUUUACAAGGCCUUUGUGAGACCCCAUCUGGAGUAUUGUGUGCAAGUUUGGUCUCCAGAAGUAACAGGCUCCCAUGAUGAAAUAUGAUCUCCCACACGUACUGCCAUUGAUCUACCUGUCAGGAAGUUCCUUAUAAUGUCAUGAACCUGCCCAGUAAUUCCGUAACUUUCUAACUUUAACAACAAUCUUUCGUGUGCAACCUUAUCAAAAGCUUUUUGAAAAUCCAAAUAUAUAAGAUCAACAGGAUCUUCACUAUCCAAAAACGUGAUAAUAUAUUGUAGUGAUUCCAACAAGUUAGAGAGACAAGACUUCCCUUCCAUAAACCCAUGCUGAUUCUGACUAAUAAAUCCCUUAACAUGACUGUACAGAUGUUUAAACAAAAGCUUUUCAUACACUUUACAUAGGAUGCAAGUUAGAGAAAUUGGUCGAUAAUUACCAGCAUCACUAAAUGCCCCCAUUUUAUGUAAUGCAAUUAUAAUUGCUCUCUUCCAAGCUUCUGGGAAUUGUCCGACGUCUGAAAUAGAUCUAUAUAAAGCUGUUACGUACGGCACUCACAAAAUUAUCAUUUCCCGCUAAAAUUCUAACAAUUUUUGGAUGAACUCCAUCUGGCCCAGCACACUUUGAGACAUCUAGAGCCAGCAGCUCAUUUUUCACAUUAUAGUCACUAAUUAUUAGUGGAUCAAUUUGUUUAACAGCGAUCAUAUCGGUUACAAUCGCGAGUGAGUGAAGUCUCGUUUGUAAAAACAGUUGCAAACGAUUUGACAAGCAAAUCAGCAGACUCCUUUACACUAGUUGUAAAUUCUCCAUUAGGCUUUUUCAACUUAGAUACAGUGGGAUUGGACUUUUUCUUACUACGUAAGUAUGCAUAGAACUGCUUAGAAUUGUACUUUAUUCCUUUAGCCAAUUUUAUCUCAUAACUUUCCUUACUUUCCCGUUCUACAGUCUUAUAUUGACCUUGAGCCUCAAUAGCAGAUCAGACAUAAGAUUGUAAUGUGUGGGGGACGUAUCAAAACAGUGCCAAGCUUUAUCUUUGCUUUCCUAGAAUGCUGAAGUCUAGAGCAUUCCCAUGGCGCUUUCUUAAUUGGAAUUCCUUCCUUCGUAGUUUUUAGCUUAAUAGUUGGCACAGAGUUAUCAACAAUAUUCAAGAUCUUAUUCAAUAAUUCCUGACUUUGUGUAUCUACAGAAUUAUCAAAUACACCCGAGUAGAACCAGUCCGUCUGUUGCCCCAAAUAUACAACUUUAGCAAUAUCACAUUUCGACCAAUUAUACUUUACAGAGGUCAAGUACUGGCGUCGUCAUAUAGCUUAAGGAAGGGCAGUGGUAUUGUUGAGUUUCAGUAAGAAUAUUACAGGACAGCAAACGCAUGGUGGUCAAUUUAAGAAAUGUUUAAGUUUGUAUACAGCUUUAUUUUCCAAUUUAAGGUUGUCCCCGAGCAAAGCGGAAAAGUCCGAUACGAGCGCGAAAGACUUGCUGGGAAUCGCUAAAAAAUUAAUGAAUUUUUAGCGAUUCCCAGCAGCCUUUCGCGCUCGUAUUCGACUUUUCCGCUUUGCUCGCGGGGACAACCUUAAUUGAAAUAGCUGUAUAGUGCCAACAAAUUAAAGCGCAUAUCUCUCCACUACAUACAUAUAAUGAAAACAAUUAACAUUAUUUUCUCGUACUAAUAAUUCCCAGUUGACCACCAUCUUCUGCACAUAAUUUAUUAGAUACAAGUCCAAAGGGUCAAAUUUUACAGGCUGUUUCAAACUAUUAAACUUUCCGCAAGCAAGUUGAGUAGCAGUUUAAAUUUUAUCCAAAAUAAAAUCAGUUUAGCAUUUGCAAGUCUAUGUAAACUGAUUUUCACGACACAAUGGAAUAAUCAUACUGUACAUACAUUCUCGUACCCAGAGCCCUUCUUACGCGCGGUGCGAUGAGAGGCUCUGGCCAAAUUAAAUCCAUAUUCCGAACUGGCAUCUGAUUGGCUAGUUCUAACACCGGACAUUGUUUUCUUACCAUGUUUUUAUGGUAUCCGGUUAUGGAUUUGGCCAGAGCCCUCGUCGCACCGCGCGUAAGAAGGGCUCUGGGUACGAGAAUGACUUCAGCCGAGAAGCCUUCAGCCGAGAAGCCCUGGGAACGAGGAUGCCUCACAUGUGACGUUGUUCUUUUUGCAAUUAUUAUCAAAUCCAUAUUUUCUAUAUAAAUUCUAAUGCACCGCUAUACCUGUGCUUACUACCUUCAUCUACAAACAGUUACAGACUGUGGUCUAUUUUAGCCUGAAUUGAAUUUGUUCUAAUUGCCUGAUACUGUGCUGCUAAAAUUAUAAUGGAAGCCUCUCAGUAAUAAACUAGUUCGACAAGAAUGUACAUACCAAAAAAUUGAGUAAAAUUCGCCCAGGCUUUGACAGUUUCAUUUUGUUUUAAUAUCAGAUUAAAUCUGCCAAACCGCGGGGAUUUAUUUAAAAAAUCCCACCCCAAAUAUACAACAAAACUUAUUGGAGUAUCGUUUACAGCAAAAGAGUAAAAUAUAGUUCAGAUAUCAGUAUCACUGAACACUCCAUCACGUAAGUGUUUUGUAAAGAAGAUAGGGGUCCUUGUGGCGAAUGAAAACAUAAGGGCCUGAUACUCAGGUUAGUCCUCUUCCAGAAAAUUUUUUUAUCAGUUUGAUUCUGAACUGAAGACUGCGUUCAUCUGCCAUUUUCUGGAGACUGGAGCAUCCACAGUUAUAUUUUCGUUAGCUUGGUAACUGCACAUUCGUGGUUUUAGCACUGCAUAAAUGGAUUUAGAACUGUACAUUUUCCACCCCUCCUCAAUUUUUCAUCGAAUUUGAACGAAUCUAAAACUACACUUUGAAAAACAUUGGGGGCGGGGGACGCAAUUUUUUGUCAAUUCGUUCUCUCAUAAAUCAUAAUCAGUCUCCCACUCAACCCUCGUAACCUUAGUACCUUACAUUACUUACAACAGUUGUAUGGUAGUUGUCUGGCAAACGCUAGGGUUCAGUCUGUGGCUGGGGGCUAGCUAACAUUUUGCACGGAGGGUGGGGCCGUGGGGGCUAUAUUUUCCGUAUAGUACAACAUUUUGCAACCGGCAAACUUUGCAAUUUUACUAAUUUUAGGGUGCUCUUUUCAGUUUUGAGCUAUAAUGAUAUAAUUCGUCUUUCUUGUCUAGAUAACAAAUUAGUCGAUAGCUGGAAUUGUCUAUAGCGUACAGUGCAUAAGGUGACCAAUUAUACGUCGACACGGUUUGUUGCGUACAUACUGUAUUGCACAUGGACUGGUAUUGCAUCAGCGCGAGAUAUAUUGCACAAGCCAUUGCCUGCACGACGGAAGUUGGAAGUGUUGAACUUAAUACUAUCAGGUUAAAAGAAGCACAUUGAAAUCAGGUAAAGCGUUUUUUUCCCACUUCUAUCGUGCUGUUAGUUUAGUAAUGGUAUCUUAGCCCUUCUUAUGUGAGAUGAAACUCCGUUAGGUUUGUGUGUACUGUGUAUUUUGAAAGACACGUGUACAAUGUCUUGCUUCGUUGCCUUUGGCAUUCUUUGGCGCAUGUUGCUGAAAUAUGUUGUUUCUUGGACUCAUUUCUAAGUUGGGAGUGUUACAUGCUAUCAGGCCUAUAAUAUAAAUAUUAAGCGAGGGUUUUACCCUGCGAGCAAAGUCUGAUUUCUCCCGGGAAAGGGAAGGGCGAUUCUCUCCCUUUGAAACUAGGUGGGUAGAGAUAUAUAUUAUGAGUAUAUUAAAUUUAACAUUGAUUAGAUCGAUUGAUACAUGUGUAUAAAUUAUAUGUUGUGAAACAAUGUGUUGUGCAUUAACUAUAAACGGUGAAAAUGAGAAAAGUAUAUCUACUCCAACAGGUAUUAAUUUAGAUCAAUGUGAAUCUUUGACCUCCCACUGGCCACCUGAAGUUGAGGAGAAUGGAAAUGCCAAAUUAACAAAAUAGCCUGAUUUCAGCAUGUUAAAUCUUCCCCUGGCCAGAUGCAGGAAAUACCAUUUCAAAAACUCUAGAUUUCAAAAUCUUCCAGGGAAGCAUGUCCCUGGUCCCUGGAUCCCACUAUAAAGGUUUGUCAAGCCCUCCAACUCAGUGGCAGGGGAACCAUGCAGUUCUAUUUGGGGGGGGGGGGCACUAAUUUUCAGCUAAGCUGGGUGCAAACACGACUCACAAGACAUGAUCCAACUGUCGGAGCAGUAGCGUAGGACAAUUUUUAUAGUUAAGAGGGCUGAAAACUAGGUGGGUCUGGAUCAUAUUGAAAAAUUCCAUAUCCCGACAUAUCUUUUGAACACUUUCUGGCACUGAAAUCAAGAAUUUAGAUGGCAAAAAUUGCUUCAUAGUUGAUUUUGGUCAUUUUGGAUAACUUGGUUUGUGGGGGCUAAAAUCACCAGCAAAUUAGCAUACAGUGCAGUUACACUAUCCAGCAAUGGAGAAAGCUCAUGCUUUUUAAACAAGACACAGUUAUCUCAAAUAAUUAAACCAUCGUUUCUAUAAUAUCAAUAUCUAUAAAUAGAUUGUUUAAUUUAAUGGCAAUUUUGUUCACUAUACUUUUGAAUCUUUGUAUUACUCUGGUCAUUUUUUGAGGGGGGUAGGGAGGGGGGGCUCUUACUUCUUGGGGGUUCAGGUUCUGUCACCACUACCUAACUAAACCAAUAUUCUAACAUUACAACCCGCACGAAAAAAAUCACAGCGUGAACCGCGCUAAUAUAGUGCGGAUCACGCUGUGAUUUUAGGCCUCGCCAACACUUUGCCUGCAACUGCAGAACACCAUAGACUGUCAUCAAUCAAGGAAAACUGAUGUGAGGGAGAAGUUGAAUAUUAUUUUUAAUGCCUAACGCAAUGAUAUUUGAUUACAAGCUUGUUCACAAGGGGGCCAAAUAUUAUAAAAUUGAUUCAACUAAAAUAGCUCGCAGAAUAAAACACAGGUGUACCCCGUUGCGAUUGUCAAACGAUAUGUGAAGUAGCUAUAGCUCUACUGUAUUCUAUAACUCGGCUCUUAAAAUGUGGCUCUUAGACGAUUGCAGCUUAUCGAAGGUAUAGGUCACCAGCAAAGUUUGCGCAUAAAAUCACACUCAGAUGGAACAUAAAUUAAAUAUAAUGAUGUCAUGCACUCCUUAAGUCUUUACGUUUUCAUAAAUCUAUCAUGUAGUAGCUAUAGUGACUGCUGUGUCCUGCGUGUGACUGAUUUAGUUUGAAUUGCAUGAUAUUUUAGACAACACGAAAUAAUUGAGAAAACAUAUACAUAGGCUACAUGUCAUACACACAUACAUACAUAACAUAUCUCAAGUCAAAAUAUACCCUCUCAAGUCAGUAGACAGUAUUCAGAGAUGAAAAUGGCACAUAUAUAUUGCAUGGGCAUACUGUAGACUGUUUUGACCUGUGAAAUUAAUUCUAUACCAAUAUGUUCUCAUUUUAAUCAGUCAUUUGAGGACGUUCUAUUAGCUUCCACUGGUUUUAAGAAAAGAUGGCACAUCUUCAUAACCUGCCAGCAAAAUAUGGCACAUAUUUCUGGCACAAGAGUUUUCACUAAGUAGAACCUCACACGCGUAUAUUCUCUACAGAUUCCACUGGUUAAGAAAAGAUGGCACAUCUUCAUAACCUGCCAGCAAAAUAUGGCACAUAUUUCUGGCACAAGAGCUUCUAUACUGAGAGAAUAUAUGCGCGUUUUACCUAUAUACAUAUUGUUUUCAUUCCAAGGUCUAGCACAAUACAUGCAUGCCAUACAUGCAAUAUAAAAAUCAAUUUGUUAGCCGUGAAUGCUGAAUAUAGCUCACUUAUAGUUAUACAUGUAGCUAUACAUCAAUACAUCAUCUAUACACGUUGACUGAGUACGGCAUAUUGAGUACCAUAUUGGUGUCCUAGUAAUAAUUCUCUCGUUUAUUUUUACAUGCCCGGCUCCAUACAACAAAUACAAGCUUUUUAGUACAGCGCGAUCAUACCCUUAGGAUCGGAUCAUAUUUUUUGCACCACAGCCGGCACAGGAUAUAUUUGCCCGUUACAAUUUUAAUACACGCAUCUCCAAUUUUAUGUUUUAUAAAUCUACACAUGUACUUAUUUUCUUAUAAGUUCACAUUUAUGCAAAUAACAAGUAGUUGUUUAUUAUUUGUUAUAUAUCCUUAGUUUCAUCAAAUACAACAUAGGCUGCUUUUAGAGUUUUCAAGUCCGAACAUUGUGCCAACAACACGAGGCCAUCACAUUAUCAUAUUUCACACUAUACUUUUUGAUCUAACAUUUAGGGACUAUUGCGGCGUUUCGUCCUUCAUGGACUCGUCAGCAGGGAUUUGGGAUUGGUAUAUGUGUGAGAAGGACACAGAAUACAGAAACCGAUUUGGAUUACAGAGUGAAUAAACAUAAAAAUAGCAAUACAUGCGUAUGAUUAUUGUAAAAUAAAUGUAACUAUAUAAACUGUCUUACCAAAUUUGCUGCUAUUUUUUGUCAAACCAACUUACCAACACGUUACCGUUGGACCAUGGUUGUAAUUUCUCAGGACUGUUGUAUAACUAUAGCGCUUAUAUAUAUCAAUUGCGAUUGUACUAACUAUGCGUUGGAUAUGUGUGAAUGGCCCUUGGCUAAGCAAUUUUUUCCGUUAGAGCCAUUGCUAAAAUUCCAAACGUCGAGACGGUAACAACGUACGUCACUUCUUUGUCUUGUACCAGAAUCCAAUCAAUUGAAUGGUGCGAGAUUUCCAUCGCUGCCGUAAACAUCUUCGAGCUUGAGUUUCGAACGUCUCCCGCCAAUUUCUUGAACGCAAUAUUCUGUUCUUGGUUUCGAUUCGGUUGGUAGCCAUGCAAAGAGUCACUGAACGCGCACCAAUUUGUCUUUGGAUCAACAUACAGUUCUAACAAAUACUCGAUGAUAUCGCUUCGUUGCAAACAAAUCGAGUGUGAUGUUAGUUUGGUCGUGCAAUACACAAACGCACCAUGUCUGAGCCAUACUCGUUCGCGCAAUUGAAUUUGGCGCGCUAUAGCGCAUAUGCAGCCUUUGCCAUUGGUAUCAGUGUUGACAGCUAACUUCACUAUAUUCAUUUAAUAAUCGUUAGAUUUUAACUAUUUGCAUUUUUAAAUAUUAAUAUUAGAGGUUAGAGAGGUAUAGAAUAUCAAAUCAGCUUGCUCAUUAACGCAAUUUGUACACAUGCGUCUGUCAACAGAACCUACACCUGGCUCAGCCAUGCUAUGGUAACGAACACCUCCAGAUUUAAUUACUUCACACAUCGUGCGGGUUGUAAUGCGAAAAACCGUCUGCUUCUAAACCGGUAAAACCGGAAAACCGUUUUUUUCCCUUUAAUUUUUACUUCAACUGAAUGAGGAAGAAUUGUGGUAUUUUUUUGACAUAAGCAAACGAACAGUACACGACAAAACGCAAAAUUGUGCAAAGGUAACCUAAAACGACUUCAGUUUUAAAAUAAAAGGGUCAAGAACGCAUUUGAAAACUUAUACAAUUAGUGUCAUGUUUUGAGAAUUAAGAUCGAGUUUCGGGCGAUGAUAGUAAACAAUUACGUAAUGACGGUUUUCCGGUUUUUGUAAAAGCUAAACCGAAAAAAACAGUUUGAAAAUAAAACCGAAAAAAAACGAAAAACCGGUAAACCGUCCAAGCCUAAUAUAUACCGGGUGGCCCAAAAAAAAGUACUCCUGUUUGAUUCGUAAUAACAUCUAAACAAGUAUAGCUUUUAAAGAGAAAUAACUUGCAUCAAAUAGAGGAAGGACUAACUUAGACUUUGAUAUAUUACAGUUGUAUUUCACUUAAAAAUUCACGGAGAUAUUAAUCUUUAAAUUCGGGAGGAUAUUUCUGGAUGUGUCUGAAAUAUGCAAAAAUCGGCGUAUCAAAUAUUAAUUAAUCAAGAUUUGCCCGACUGAAACAUGCACUAUUACCAGUAAAUAAAUGACACUUGACAAAUUGUUUAUUAUGAAACAAAGUAUUAUUAUAUCUACAAAAUACAAGCAAGAUUCAUUCGUCCGAAAUUCGCGUGUGUUCCUAGCACGAAUACGUUUCCUUAUUUCAUGAGACCACUGCAUCGCGAAGGAUCGUCAUUGGAUCGUUCGUAGUUCUGAAUUAGGGCAUGCUGUCACAACGGAAUUGUGAAGCUCUUCUAACUUCUGCAACGUUCUGAAAUCUUGUUAAGAACACCCAAACUCUUUUGCCGUUUCUUAAUCUUGGCAAGUUCAUGGAGUAAACUGAGAAUUAUAUGAAACACAAUCAAACCAUACAACUCCAUAAGACAUAACAAUUAAGAAACUCCCCAGAGACAUGCAACAUUUUUGGAACAAAACGUAACAAAAUAGUAGCGUUGAUACGGUGAUGUGUAUUUGCAAAAAGCAAUAUUAUUUCCUUCAAUAAAGAAUAUUCAUCCUGCUCUAACCGAGAAAUAAUCUACUCAGUCUGUUUGAACCCAUUAAAAACAUAAAAAAAUUAGGCUAUUUAAGAAUACGAAAAAUUUAAGCGCCUGCCUUCCAUGGUCAGUCUUUCAUGUACAUUUAAGUUUGCAAAGACCUAAUAUUAAAUACUUGCAUAAUUUCGAACGUUCAUAUUUCAGGAAACAAUGAGCUAAGACUUACAUGUAAGAUGUCUAAAUCUACGCCAUAUCCCUUACAAACCUUAACGAUAAUUCGCUGAAAUACAAGUUAGCCUAAUAUGUCAUUAAGCAAACAAACGCUGGAGUUAAUAUUUGAUAUGCCGAUUUUCGCUAAUUUUAGACACAUUCCAAAAUAUGCUCCCCAUUUUUAACAUUAAUAUAUCCGUGAAUUUUUAAGUUAAAUACAACUGUAAUAUAUCAAAAUCUAAGUUAGUCCUUCCUCUAUUUAAUGCAAGUUAUUUCUCUUUAAAAACUUUACUUGUUUAGAAGUUAUUACGAAUCAAACAGGAGUACUUUUUUUUGGGCCACCCGGUAUAUAUAUAUAUAUGGUCAAUUUCACAUGAGACAUUGAAAAUGGCAAAAUUGCAAAAUGCAACAUUAUGUGGUGCUAACCACAUGUUUCCAUAGUUAACACAUUGGAUUAUCAUAAAUCAAAAUGAUUUUUGAAUUUUGGCCCAUGCCCACUCUGCGGCAAACCGUCGAAUCUGCACUUGUUUGUUGCUAUUGUUCUGUGGAUAAAGUGUGUUUAUUUAAAAUAAUUAUAACUCAGUCACUUUAACUUUGAAAUAAGUUAUAUUUCUUAACAAACACAGUCUAAGGUUCACAUAUCAUGAUGACAAUGUUAGAUCAGACAAUAUCCAGUGUUGCUGUGAUUUAUGGUGCAUCGAAGUUUGGGUAAGAGAACAAAAAAACAAUUCAAUUUAUUUUUCAGCCAAACGUCUAGCUCUUUUGACAUUAUAUUUGUGCUGCUUUUUUAAAAUGGUAUUAACAUUAUUUUAGACUGGAAAAAGACAAUAAAAAGUAUUAACAUGUCUUGAAUAAUGUGUUGCGGACAUUACGUUGCAGACAUUACAUUUUUGAAAUUGGAGAAUUAGAUGCUUAAUAUAAAUUGUCUUGCUUGAAUUCUAUAGUUAUUUUAAGCUUGAUGACUUAAAAAUAGAACAUUAAAAGGACUAUGGGACCCUUACUUUUAGUUUUAACUAUAAUCACUCCGUGCUGUAUACACAAUCACAGUGACACAAUUCAUCAUGGAAAGUUUCCAAGUUACAUAUAAUGCCACUACCGUAUACUGCCAUUGUACCAUCAGUUUUGUAAGGCAUAUGUUGUUAAGAGCAAAAUCAUGUUUUAAUUCAUGUUUGUUUUGAUCAUCUUCCACUAAACCCAGGGGUGUUAAUUAUCCCCACCAAAUGUAGUAAAUGCAAAACUGUCAAAUAGAAUGGUCUACAAACAUGACACUUUAUUUGCUGCACAACCUGAGUCAUUGCCUGAGUCUAUGCGCAACAAAUAUUGCACUUUUGAAAGAUAUUAUUGUCAACAGAAGAUUAUAUACUGUAAUAUAUGUGACCAUGAUUUCAUCCCAGGAUUUAUGGUGGUAUACACAUGGGCAUACAGGAAGGAAAAAAUUAGGGGGGAGGAAAGAAAUUUGCCUGACUUUUUCGGAUUGUGCCCGCGUUGUUAAAAAAAUUUCCGGAGAAACUUUCCAAAAUUGUUGUCGACGGGGGGGGGGACUAGUGAUUACGAAGAAUUCCUAUUAGAUAGAUAGCAUAUUUCCCACAAAAUUGACAGAAUUCCCCACAAAAUUGACAGAAUUUGUCCCAUUUAUUUUUAUAAUAAGCCAAUAUUGCCCAAGUGUGAAGCGAAUAUUGCCCGACUGGCUUUGUUUGCCCAACAAACUGGGGGGGGGGGGGCUGCCGCCCCCUCUGCCUCCCCCGUCAUCAAAACUCAGUUAUUUAGGUCAAUUAUAAUACCAACAUGGCGGACUGCACACUGUUUUUGCUCAAAAUAUUUCGAAAAGCAAGCAAGGUACGAGCAGGGUUCUGUCCACAGUGGGUACUGGGUGGUACCAAGGGGCAGCACCCAGAAUGUAGCUGGACUGCAUGCCUGCCCAGCACUCGCAUCAAAGCAGGCUCUAUUUCUCUUCACUUAAAAUAUUUCAAAUAUGUAAUACAAAAACUAAAAUAUUCUAUUUUAAUUAUUCUAUUUUUGCGACCAGCGAGCGAGCACCAGUGAGCGAGCUGGGAGCAUCCUAAUCUGUGCGUAGAAAAUUUAAAUAUACCGCUGAGUUCGGAUUAGCCCCGGCUCAAGAUUCACCGAUUCACCUCGGCUUGCAUUCCAUAUUUGGAACAUAUUUCCAUAUUUGGAAGACCGCAUGAAACGGUAUUUCCGCCGCUGUUAUGCCGCCCAGUGUUUUAUUUACUCAUCGAUACUGAUGCAAUUUUAUACAUGCAUGUACCUUUAACUUUUGUUCAUCAAAUUGUACAUCAAAUGAAGUUUAACUUAGCAUCUACUAACUGUUAUUGAAGACAGAUUUAAAUAAUCAAAAAGAUUAAAUGCUGUGCAUGAGGAUGUUGUGAUGUAUACAAAGAAACGUCUGUUGUUUGAAAGUCAUGUGCCGGGCUUUAAUAUUUAUCUUUAAAUUGCGCUUUGUCAAUCGGUAUUGUUAUUGACACGUCAUCCUAUUCAUAGAAGGCGACUUUGGUAACCAAGCCUUAAAGUGAUCCCAAAAAAAUUUUCUGCAGGCGACUUUGCGCCGUAGCGACAAUAUAAUCACAAAUGUAACUAUUUGUUAUGUAAUUUGUAGCAAGUGACGUAAUUGGAUACCAAUUAGUCAAGUUAAUAUUUUGAUAAAUUUAUCUAAAUUGAAUAUUCAGUGUAAAUUGGCCGACUUUUAUUAUAUAAUGAGCAAUAUUGGCCCAUAUAUUAUCGCCACCCCUUUGCAUAAACUUGAAAAGUUGUUACUGUUUUUUAUUUUGAAUAUAUCAAUAGACAAUAUGAAAUAAAGUACCUUGUCAUGUGCAUGUUUAUUUGACGCAAACCGCUAUAUAAAAAAUAAAAAAACCCGACCGACCGCCCGACUUUGGCAAAAGUAAAGGAUGAUCACCAACUAUCUGGCCAAAACAGCGUGAACCGGUGCGUUGUCAUUAGUGACUAACGUCUCCAGGUCGCACUUUUUAACCUGUGGUUACGCCUAGUAUACAAAUUAUUCUAUUUUUUACAAGUUAUAUACUUUUUAACUUUGGUGAAUUAAUUUAUUAUUUAAUUAAACAAUGGUACUAGAUGAAAUUCAGCACUAUAAUGCCCACAAUAUAAAGGUGAUUUGGAGAAUUACAUUGUUCCCACAUAUUUGGUUUAUUGAUGUUGUGCUGCAAGCUACUUUAAUUUAUAAUAAUACCAUGCAAUUGACUUGCCCAGAUUACACAAUUUGAAAAAUAGCAAUAAGCAUUUUGAGACCAGAUCUGCAGAUCACCACCAAAAUUUCAAAAGCUGUCAGUGGGGUGUGGGGGAGAGCCAUGCCCCAAGGGUUGCAGUUACCCAACAUUCACAUGCAUGGUCGUGAGCAGAACCCUGAUUAGGUGUUCGUGUGCAUUGCAAUUUACAGCAAGACGUUUCUGUACUUUGAAAAAAUAUUUGACAACAGUGUGGGCAUGUGGUGGUUAAUAUUGCAUUUUCCCACCUGAUAGCCAUUGCAAUCCUCACAUAGUGGGUGAUAUGGGGCCGGAUUUCAUAUUACAUAAUGUUCUGAACAAUAUGUGAAAUUUGCAGAAUUUACGUGAAAUGCAUGCGGAAAAGCUCAGUUGCUCAAUGUCACCAGUCACCCGGGCUCUCAACUUCAAAAUACAAACAUUUCUGAAGCAGGAAUGUGUUGGGCUUUCAUGGUUGCCCAAGGCUGUUUCCCAAUUGACGAUUCCCCUUAUUACGUUUCCGUAGCGCUUUGCAUUGUGGUUAUAGUGGUAUCACUGAGUAGCGGCCUCGAAUGAAAAUAUUGAAUGUUUUCGCGCUACCCUAGCUUUUUUUAAAAGUUCUUGCACGGGUCAGGACAAAAAAUAAGCCAUCUUGAAUAUCAGUGAUACCACUAUAGCCACAAUGCAAAGCGCUACGAAAACGUAAUAAGGGGAAUCGUCAAUUGCAUACUCUGUCUUGAAGGUAUCCAUUCGCCGUUGCAUGGAAUUCAAAAUGAACAAAAUGGCUAAGUUUCUGCAUGUCAAAUCUUCUCCAGAACGCAGGAACAUGAUGUAAUUAUUUCAGAAACUAUAAAUACUGAAAUUUUCCAGGGAGCACAUUCCAACUAAAAUAUCCCACCACCUAUGUAUAAUUGGUCCAUAUUGCCCCUUUUCAUUACACUUUUGAUAUUCCAACCAAACAACCUUCAUACUUUUCAAAACGGAAAUAAUUAUACUCCAUGUGAAUGUGUGCAUAGUGAGGCAUUGCCAUUGGUGGCGCAGUCGUCAGAGCAAGUGCCUUUCACCAGUGGCGGACACUUCACGAAAUAUUGGGGGGGGGGGCGAAAUUUUCAACAUGUAUGCCAAAGGGGUUUCGGUGUCCGUUUAAGGCUCUAAGUUAUGCGAAUCUUUCAGAACUUGGAUUACUUGAUGAAAUUAAUAAAGAGUCCCGAGUUAUGCCAUUGGACUGACAUUAUAGAUACUUCUUCUAAGAUAAUCAGUAGACAGUUCCCAUUAUAACUAAUUUUAAAACUAGGCAUAGAGAUGCAAAUAAAUCAUUUAAUCAAUAAAUUGCAAAGUUUGGUUGCGAAAUGUUGUAAAAUGCGGAAAAUAUAGCCUUGCAAAGUUUGCAAAUUUUGUAUACUUUUGUAUUUCGUGCGGAAAUUGCAGCUACCAUUUUCGGCCAAAAUAUGCAAAUGUAGUAGCAAUUUCCACACACAUGACACAAUACACAGUAUACAAAAUUUGCGAACUUUGCAAGGCUGAUUUUCCGCAUUUUACAACAUUUCACAACCAAACUUUGCAAUUUUACUAAUUUUUGUAAGCUCUUUCCGGGAAUAUACUUUUUUGGCCAAGAUAAAAAAAUUAGUCUAUAAUAGGAAUUGUAUAUCGAUGAGCGUUGUUGUUUAAUGUACAGUUAUAUGACUAUCAAUUCCAAUGGUUUAAAUAUUUUUAUCAGCGGAGCUGCAAGGAAUCGUACACAGAACAAAACAGAUUGUAUAAAAUGCGUAUGUUGCGACAUCAUUGGCAAACGUUACAUUGUACAGAAUCAUAUAUUGCUUGCUAUAUUGCUAACUUUAGCUUAAGUUUUAUUUAAAUAAUUUAAUAGUCAUUAUUUAUAAUAUGACAAUUACGUUAUAUGGGUGUGAUUGUAUGCUUGCCACUUUACCAGCUUCGUAGGAAAUCGUGGGUUCGUUUCUCUCGUUGCCCACUCGUGUGAAAAGAGUCUGUCAACGCUUUGCCGAAAGUAGUGCGCAUGGGUUUUAUCUGGGUACUCCAGUAUUUAGCCUGCUCGCAGCCUGAAAUUUAAAUUUCAGGCUGUGAGCAGGCUACCCGGUAUCUUCCCACAGGGAAAGUUGACAGGGUGAGUUAGGAUAAACAUAGUAGACAUGGUUAAGGAAGUAAUAUCACAAUUGUUGUAUAUAAAUAGUCUAGGCUAAGUAUAUAAUUAGGUAAGCGCGUAAUACUUGAUGUAAAGCGCAUUUGAUAAUAUAAAAUUUGCGCUGUAGAAAUCUUAGUCAUAUUUUUCAUCCCUGUAAUGUUGUUUUAAAUAUCUGCGAUAGUUAUACUCCUUAUUCAUCAUAUAUUAAAACAAAUAUUUUACUACACUCUAAUUUAAGUUCGACAGCAAAAUGUUAUGAGUAUAAUGGUACUAAAGGCAUGGCAAAAUUCCAGGGCGUGCGAUAUUAAAGAAAACUAGGCCGCCGGCAAGAAAUUUAUCCUAGGAGUUUGCCAGUCGGAUUGGGGAGGUGCGAAAUUACGGAUGGGCGAAUUUUUGGAAUUUACAGAACUGUAAAGUCGAGAGGAACUAAUAAUUGAUAUAACUGGAAAUUGUUUAUUGUGGAGUGGAAUUGAUUAGUGCUGCCUUGCCCCAGGGCCACCAGGCAUGCAAAAACGUUUGCCUCUAAUAAUGUUAAAUUACUAACCUGGCUAAAUAAACCUUUUAGAUUCCUAA